UUGUUCUAUCCGGACACUAGGCGGCGGCUUCACUUCCGGUCCGGCUGAGGCGGAGUCAAUGGAAGCUGGGAGCUAGGUGGUGGAGGAGUGUGGUUCACUCUAAGCUUUGUCUGGCUCCUCGGGUUGGGUUAAAUGUGUUUAAGACAAAGCGCAUUUCAGGAAGGACGGCAAUAAAGCUGGUCAGAAGCUGUGGAUUGUGGGUAUACAAUGCUUUCUGGUUUAUUGAGAAGCACACCUGAAUCAGUAUUUCAAUACUACGUCCAGGGUCGACAUUCAGCAUCCAUUGUGAGGAGUGUAAAUAUCCACAAAUGGCUAAAGAGCAACCUGGGUACAUCAGCAUCCUCGUUCGCAAGAACAGAACAAGUCUUCACAAGGGCUGCUAACUUUGCAGAUCGGCUUGCUAUUGUGGAUGAUCAUGGAAGUUACACAUACAAGGAUCUGUACAGAUGUAGCCAGGGCCUUUCAAGGAAGAUUCAGGGUGCUCUGGGGUGUUCUGAUGGUGACAUCAAGGAGCAGAGGAUAUCAAUCUUGUGUCCCAAUGAUGUUUCUUUCGUCAUUGCACAGUGGGCCUCCUGGAUGAGUGGCGGUGUGGCAGUCCCCCUCUACAGGAAGCAUCCAGCUCCAGAGCUUGAGUAUGUUGUUCAGGACUCUCAGAGCACUUUAAUCAUUGUGGAGGAGGAUUACACGGAACUGAUAACACCAAUUGCUAACAGACUUCAGGUGAAAUGCCUUCCAUUAUUUAAGACCCAACGAUGUGCCCCUGAUCCCAGGCAGUCGUACCGAUGUGCUGAUUUUCCAGUGGCAGAUGCUAACUAUAUUGUCGCAGACUGGAGACCAAGAGGAGCCAUGAUCUUGUACACCAGUGGAACAACAGGGCCGCCCAAAGGAGUCCUCACCACCCACGGCAUUCUGAGGAGUCAGAUAACCGCCCUGGUGAAACAGUGGGAGUGGAGCAAGGACGAUGUGAUCUUGCACGUGCUACCUCUGCACCACCUGCAUGGAAUCGUCAACAAGCUGCUGUGCCCACUCUGGGUGGGCGCUACCUGUGUGAUGCUGCCAGAAUUCAGUGCUCAGCGGGUUUGGGAUUACCUGCUGAAGAACAAUGGCACAGGAGCUCCGCGCAUCAAUGUGUUCAUGGCAGUGCCCACCAUAUAUGCCCGACUCAUUGAAUACCACACCAAGAACUUCACUCAAAGCCAUGUGAAGGAUUUCAUCCACAGCGUGUGCAAGAGCAACAUCAGAUUAAUGGUGUCGGGAUCUGCUCCCCUUCCUCAGCCCAUCUUGGAGAAAUGGAAAGAGAUCACUGGGCACACGUUACUGGAGCGGUACGGGAUGACAGAGAUAGGAAUGGCUCUGUCAAACCCACUGCAUGGGCUCCGUGUGCCAGGGGCUGUUGGAAACCCACUUCCAGGGGUGGAGGUGCGAAUUGCAGUGGAAAAGCCCAACAUGAAGCAUUCUUCUUACACAGUCAUUGCCGAAGGCAACAGUGAAGGGACCCAGGUGAGACCUGGAUUGGAGGGAAAGGAUGGAGAGCUGCUGGUCAGAGGACCAUCGGUCUUCCAGGAAUAUUGGAACAAGCCAAAAGAAACGGGAGAAUCGUUUACGUCAGACGGCUGGUUCAAGACAGGGGACACAGUGUGUUACCGGGACGGAAUUUACUGGAUUCUGGGCCGAACCUCUGUGGACAUCAUCAAGUCCGGGGGAUACAAGAUCAGUGCCCUGGACAUCGAGCGCCAUCUCCUGGGGCAUCCCGAUAUUGCAGACGUGGUGGUGAUUGGAGCAGCUGACCUGACGUGGGGACAGAAGGUGGUGGCGGUGGUGCAGCUUCACCCCGGCUGCUCACUCACAGCGACACAGCUGAGAGACUGGGCUCGGGAUCGUGUGGCGGGCCUACAGCGCUCCCCCGAGUCAUCCUUGUCGACCACACCCCCCGCAAACCAUAUGGCGAGCGGAGUGGACGGGAAGGGAGCAAUCAUCCACCCUCCCUCAGUGUUCACUAUUGGAGGGAACCAUGGUUACCAGACCUAUGCGGUGCAACCUAGGGUGUGCAGAAAAUGCAACAAACUUGGGCACUGGGUGGCCGCCCAAUGCAGUGUAGUUGUCUGCAUGAACUGCAAGCUGGAGGGCCACGAGUCAAAGGACUGCCAAGUCAGCAAGAACUGCAACCUGUGUGGGGUGGUCGAGAUACCUCCCACCACUGCCAAGACCCCAGCAGGAAAGAAGAACAGUGAUGACACCAGCACGACCACCUCAAGCCCCCACCGCCAGAUCUCCAGAGACCUCCAGCCCCCUGUCCAGAAGGAAGAGUCAAUUGAAGAGGAGGAACAGGAAGAGGCAUGGCAGGUGGUGAAAAAGAAGAAACACCAGAGGCCUCUGCCCAAAGAGUCAGUGUCGGGCAUCGAGGAGCCCGGUGCAACCUGUUUCUCUCGCGGUACACAGACUGGCCAGCCGUCUGCCAGAGCGAGCGGCUGGCCGUUCUCCAGUAGCUCCCACCGCUGCCGGCCGUGUCCCAGCUGCUUGUUCUGGCCAGUGCCGACCGCAGACUGGACAGCACCUCCAAGCUCCUGA